AGCCGAGAAGUCGGAGACCCUUGUGCAUGAAGACAGAUUUGUUCUAUGGCCUCGGAGUUGGGAGCCGGGGACGAUGGCGGCUGCACUGAGCUGGCAAAGCCCCUCUAUCUUCAAUACUUGGAGAGGGCCCUCCGGUUGGACCAUUUCUUGCGACAAACAUCAGCCAUCUUCAACAGGAAUAUUUCUAGUGAUGAGAGUGAAGAUGGACUGGAUGACAGUAAUCCUUUAUUGCCCCAGUCUGGGGAUCCCUUAAUACAAGUUAAGGAAGAACCUCCAAAUUCAUUGCUUGGAGAAACUUCUGGAGCAGGCAACUCUGGAAUGUUAAACACAUACUCGCUGAAUGGAGUUCUACAGUCAGAAUCAAAAUCUGACAAAGGGAAUUUAUAUAACUUCUCUAAGUUGAAGAAAAGCAGAAAGUGGCUAAAGAGCAUUCUGCUAAGUGAUGAGUCCAGUGAGGCAGAUUCUCAGAGUGAAGACAAUGAAGAAGAAGAAGAAGAAGAGGAAGAACUCCACCUCAGCAGAGAAGAACUUCAUAACAUGUUGCGGCUGCACAAGUAUAAGAAACUUCACCAGAAUAAGUAUAGCAAAGAUAAGGAGUUGCAGCAGUACCAAUACUACAGUGCAGGCCUGCUUUCCACAUACGACCCUUUCUAUGAGCAACAACGGCACCUACUUGGACCCAAAAAAAAGAAAUUCAAGGAGGAAAAGAAGCUUAAAGCCAAGUUGAAAAAAGUGAAGAAAAAAAGGCGAAGGGAUGAAGAACUUUCCUCUGAAGAAUCUCCUCGUUGCCACCACCAUCAGACCAAAGUCUUUGCCAAGUUCUCUCAUGAUGCACCUCCUCCUGGCACCAAGAAGAAGCACUUAUCCAUUGAGCAGCUUAAUGCUCGUCGCAGGAAAGUAUGGCUCAGCAUUGUGAAAAAGGAACUACCAAAGGCCAACAAGCAGAAAGCUUCAGCUCGUAACCUGUUUCUCACCAAUAGCCGAAAGCUUGCCCACCAGUGCAUGAAGGAGGUGCGUCGAGCCGCCUUGCAGGCCCAAAAGAACUGUAAGGAGACCUUGCCUCGUGCCCGCCGCCUCACCAAGGAGAUGCUUCUGUACUGGAAGAAGUAUGAGAAGGUGGAGAAGGAACAUCGCAAACGUGCAGAGAAGGAGGCCUUGGAGCAGCGGAAGUUGGAUGAGGAAAUGCGGGAGGCCAAGAGGCAACAGCGAAAACUGAACUUCCUAAUCACCCAAACAGAGUUGUAUGCCCAUUUCAUGAGUCGCAAACGAGACAUGGGUCAUGAUGGAAUUCAGGAAGAAAUUCUAAGGAAACUGGAAGACAGCUCUACCCAAAGACAAAUUGACAUUGGUGGAGGGGUGGUAGUUAACAUCACACAGGAGGAUUAUGAUAGUAACCAUUUCAAAGCCCAGGCCCUGAAGAAUGCUGAAAAUGCUUAUCAUAUUCAUCAAGCUCGGACAAGGUCAUUUGAUGAAGAUGCGAAAGAAAGUCGAGCAGCUGCGCUUCGGGCAGCAAACAAGUCUGGCACUGGGUUUGGGGAGAGUUACAGCCUGGCAAACCCAUCUAUCCGGGCUGGGGAAGAUAUUCCACAGCCUACAAUUUUUAAUGGCAAAUUAAAAGGCUAUCAGCUGAAAGGCAUGAAUUGGUUGGCUAAUCUCUAUGAACAGGGCAUUAAUGGCAUUCUUGCAGAUGAAAUGGGCCUUGGUAAAACAGUGCAGAGUAUUGCCCUCCUGGCCCAUCUGGCUGAGAGAGAGAACAUCUGGGGACCUUUCUUAAUAAUUUCACCUGCUUCUACACUUAACAAUUGGCACCAGGAAUUUACUAGAUUUGUUCCUAAAUUUAAGGUGCUACCGUAUUGGGGAAAUCCUCAUGAUAGAAAAGUUAUCAGGAGGUUCUGGAGUCAGAAGACCCUCUACACUCAGGAUGCCCCCUUCCAUGUGGUUAUCACCAGCUACCAGCUGGUGGUGCAGGAUGUAAAGUAUUUCCAGCGUGUCAAGUGGCAGUACAUGGUAUUGGAUGAGGCUCAGGCACUCAAGAGUAGUUCCAGUGUUCGUUGGAAGAUUCUCUUGCAGUUCCAGUGUCGGAAUCGGCUUUUGCUAACUGGGACCCCAAUUCAGAACACCAUGGCAGAGCUCUGGGCUCUGCUACAUUUCAUUAUGCCCACAUUAUUUGAUUCACAUGAGGAAUUUAAUGAAUGGUUUUCCAAGGACAUCGAGAGCCACGCCGAAAACAAAUCUGCCAUUGAUGAGAAUCAACUCUCUCGAUUACACAUGAUCUUGAAGCCAUUUAUGCUGAGGAGAAUCAAGAAAGAUGUAGAAAAUGAAUUGUCUGACAAGAUUGAGAUUCUGAUGUAUUGCCAACUGACCAGCCGACAGAAGCUUCUAUAUCAGGCACUAAAGAACAAAAUUUCUAUUGAGGAUUUAUUGCAGUCUUCUAUGGGUUCUACCCAGCAAGCACAGACCACCACCAGCAGCCUCAUGAAUCUGGUCAUGCAGUUUAGGAAGGUGUGUAAUCACCCAGAGUUAUUUGAACGACAAGAAACUUGGUCUCCAUUUCAUAUUUCCCUAAAGCCAUACCAGAUUUCAAAGUUUAUCUACCGUCAUGGACAGAUCAGGGUCUUCAACCAUUCACGAGACAGGUGGUUAAGGGUUCUUCUUUCUCCAUUUGCACCAGACUAUAUCCAGCAGUCUCUCUUUCACAGAAAAAGUGUUAAUGAAGAAAGCUGUUUCUCCUUCCUUCGCUUUAUUGAUGUAUCUCCAGCAGAAAUGGCAAACCUCAUGCUUCAGGGACUUUUGGCCAGAUGGUUAGCUCUUUUCCUGUCUCUGAAAGCCUCCUACAGGCUCCAUCAGCUGCGCUCCUGGGGAGAGCCAGAAGGGGAGAGCCAGCAGAGAUAUCUGAGAAACAAGGAUUUCCUUCUUGGGGUUAAUUUUCCACUCUCCUUUCCCAACCUUUGCAGCUGCCCUUUGUUAAAGUCUCUGGUUUUCAGCAGCCACUGUAGAGCAGUGAGUGGCUACUCAGACCAGGUCAUCCAUCAGCGGAGAUCAGCUACCUCCUCGCUUCGUUGCUGCCUGCUCACUGAACUGCCAUCUUUUUUGUGUGUGGCCAGUCCACGAGUUACCGCAGUGCCAUUGGAUUCUUACUGCAAUGACCGAAGUGCAGAAUAUGAGCGGCGAGUGCUGAAGGAAGGAGGGAGUCUGGCAGCCAAGCAGUGUUUGUUAAAUGGGGCCCCUGAACUGGCGGCAGAUUGGCUAAAUCGACGGUCCCAGUUCUUCCCAGAGCCAGCUGGAGGACUGUGGAGCAUCAGGCCUCAGAAUGGCUGGUCUUUCAUCAGGAUUCCAGGCAAGGAGAGCCUCAUCACUGACAGUGGAAAGCUGUAUGCCCUUGAUGUCCUCCUGACUCGGCUCAAGUCUCAAGGACAUAGGGUCCUUAUCUACUCCCAGAUGACCAGGAUGAUAGACCUGCUGGAGGAAUACAUGGUUUACAGGAAGCAUACCUACAUGAGGCUUGAUGGCUCAUCCAAGAUCUCAGAGAGGCGGGACAUGGUUGCAGAUUUUCAGAACAGGAAUGACAUCUUUGUAUUCCUGCUAAGCACACGAGCUGGAGGACUGGGUAUCAAUCUUACUGCUGCAGAUACAGUGAUUUUUUAUGAUAGCGACUGGAACCCCACUGUGGACCAGCAGGCCAUGGACAGAGCCCACCGCUUGGGGCAGACAAAGCAGGUUACUGUGUACCGGCUAAUCUGUAAAGGCACCAUUGAAGAACGCAUUCUACAGCGAGCCAAGGAGAAGAGUGAGAUUCAGCGGAUGGUGAUUUCUGGUGGGAACUUCAAACCAGAUACCUUAAAACCCAAAGAGGUGGUUAGUCUUCUUCUAGAUGAUGAAGAGCUGGAGAAGAAAUUGAGACUGCGGCAAGAAGAGAAACGGCAGCAGGAGGAAACCAACCGAGUCAAAGAGCGCAAGCGCAAGCGGGAAAAGUAUGCAGAGAAGAAGAAAAAGGAAGAUGAAUUGGAUGGGAAAAGGAGAAAGGAGGGUGUGAACCUAGUGAUCCCAUUCGUUCCCUCGGCUGAUAACUCCAACCUCUCUGCUGACGGGGACGACUCCUUCGUCAGCGUGGACUCGGCCAUGCCCAGCCCUUUCAGUGAGAUCUCCAUCAGCAGUGAGCUGCACACCGGCUCCAUCCCCCCCGACGAGAGCAGCAGUGAUAUGCUGGUCAUCGUGGACGACCCGGCCUCCUCAGCCCCCCAGUCUCGGGCCACCAACUCUCCUGCCUCCAUAACAGGCUCCGUUUCAGACACUGUGAAUGGAAUUUCCAUUCAGGAAAUGCCAGCCGUAGGACGUGGUCACUCAGCUCGAAGCCGAGGCCGCCCCAAAGGUUCAGGAAGCACAGCCAAAGGAGCAGGGAAAGGCCGGAGCCGGAAGUCCACCGCAGGCAGUGCUGCCGCAAUGGCAGGAGCCAAAGCAGGGGCCGCGGCAGCCUCGGCAGCUGCCUAUGCUGCAUACGGGUACAAUGUGUCUAAAGGACUCUCUGCCAGCAGUCCUCUGCAGACGUCUCUUGUUCGGCCUGCUGGCCUUGCUGACUUUGGACCUUCAAGCGCCUCUUCUCCCUUGAGUUCCCCUUUGAGCAAAGGAAAUAAUGUUCCUGGGACUCCCAAGAGCCUCCACUUGACCAGCAGCCUAGCCCCAGACUCCCUGGUCCGGAAACAGGGCAAAGGCACCAACCCCUCUGGAGGACGGUAA